AUGAGUUCGUCAGUUAUCAGUGAUAAUACUAGUAAUAAUAAUAAAUUAUUCUAUGACCAUUCCAUUACAACUUAUACGAUUCAUUCUACUGAUGAUGUAAUGAUAGAUGAUCAACGCGUUAGUAAACAUAACUCUUGGAUAACUAAUGAAUGGCAGAAACCAUCAAUGUUAUCGAAUACUUUCAAUGAUCUUAAUAAACAUCAUAAAUUCUAUUCAGAAAACAAAGCUGUUCAUAACAAUAUAUUACAAACAGCAACUGCAUUUACAAUGAAUAGUAAAUUUGUGAACCAUGAAGACGACGAAGAUGUUGAUGAUGACGUUGACGAGGAUGAGGAUGAUGAUGAAGAUGAUGGGGAAGAAGCCAGAAAUGAAGAGGAAGAUCAACAACAGUCAUUUAUUAUAAACAGUUCCAAAGUAUCCAGCUUUUCAGUGAAUGCAAACAAUUCACCAAUUCCUACUCCCUUAAGUAAUAAUAAUAUUUUUAAUAAUAAAAUUCAUAUUCCUGAUCAUUUAUUCACCAGACAUGCAGAGAACAAAUGCCCUAUUCAAUUGUUUAAUAAAGAAAAUGAUAAUAUUAACAUUAAUUCUUUAACAACUUCAUUAUCAUCGCCAUCGUCAUUGAUUCCACUAUCCGUAAAUUAUUGUAAACAAGAAGAUGAAAGUGUUGUAAUCGAAGAGGAAGAAAAAAAUCUUGAGGCAAUACAAAAUUCAAUAAAUACAACACAUAUACCAUCAUCAUUUUUCCAGUGUACUCUUGAUUCAUCAUGCAAUAAAUCAAUGUCAAAUUUUGAAUGUUGGUUAGGUGGACAAAUGUCUUCAUCAUUUUAUCAACAAUAUCGUAAUGAUAAUGAUGAUAUUAUUGACAAUAAAAAUCAUCCACAUCAUCAUGAACAACAAUGUCCUUAUCUUUCUUAUUAUUCUAAUAAUAAGAAAGGAUCAAUAGAACAACUAUUCACAACUCAUAAAAGUACAUCAGAAUCACAAAUGCACAUUGAACAAGAUUCAAUGAAAAAAGCAUCAUCUGAAAUACCAUUAAAUUCAUUUACUCAAUUGGCUGGUGAUACAUCACUGAAUUCAACUGAACUAGUACAUAAACAAGGUCCAUUUGCUGCUAGCAAUGAUUAUCAAAAUAAUGAUACCAACACUAAUAAAGAUAAUCUUAUGAAUAUUUAUUGUAUGAGCAAUUUAUAUCCCUCAACGUAUGCAGAUUUUACAUCCACACACAAUAAUAGUAACAAUAAUCAAACAGAUUAUUCAGAUACAUUUCAAAUCUUAAAUGCAUCCGACUCCUCAUUAAACAAUAAAAAUAUUAAGAAUUUUGAUUUGAUCAAUGAUGUUUUUACAAAAAAUUUAAUUGAUACAACCAAUAAUAAAAUGGAUUUCUUAUUUCCAUCAAUUACAACAAAUUCCAUAUUGAAUUCCUCACUAGCAACUACCGUCACAAUGGCAAUGAGAAAUACAACACCGACAACAAUGUUAACAACAAAUUUUAUCAAACAAGAUAUUCCUGAUUUGACCGCAGCAACAGCAGCUGCUGUUGCUUUUCAUGGAUUAGAUCCAGUUACAACUGUUCAAAUGUUAAGAAUGUCUUCAUUAGCUAGUAAAUUGAGAAAUAAAACAAAAAUUUUAACAGACGGUAGAGAAUGCGUGAACUGUGGAGCUACUCAAACACCAUUAUGGAGAAGAGAUGAAGCUGGACAUUAUUUGUGCAAUGCAUGUGGUUUAUAUCAUAAAAUGAAUGGAACCAAUCGACCAUUGAUAAAACCAAAACGUCGUAUGUCUACAAACCGUAAACUUGGCACAUUCUGUGCAAAUUGUCGAACAUCACAUACAACAUUAUGGAGACGUAAUCAACAAGGCGAUUCAGUGUGUAACGCAUGUGGACUUUACUACAAAUUACAUCAUAUAAAUCGACCACUGUCUAUGAAAAAAGAGAUUAUUCAAACAAGAAAUCGAAAAUUAACUCAAGCGAAAAAAAGAAAAGAUUUAGAACAUUUUACUAAACUACUAACAUCGAAUAAUACAAAAAUUAUUACAAAAGACCUACAAGCAAAUAGUACCAAUUCAAAAAUGACACAAUGGUUUAGAAUGAAUCAAUUAAGAUCAACAUUACCAAAACGAACACUUCCUAAUUUAUUUGAUAGUAGAGAACAUCUACCAAUCAAUAUUACUGAUAACAACAAUAAUACAAAAUUAUUGCAUAGAAAUGUCAACGAUCCAAUUACCAAUUUUUAUUCAUAUUCAAAAUUCUAUCAAAAAAAUAAAUUCGAUAAGAAUUAUUAUUAUUCCACGCAUGAACACAUAGAAAGUAAUCAACAACAAUUGAAUGCAGCAGCUGUGGCAGCCGCUGCCAUCGCAGCGAGUUAUAUCAAUGUUUCAACUCAGCCAACAAGUUUCAAUUCAAUACUAUCAAAGAAUACAACAUCACCAUCACCAUCAUCAUUAUUAUUAUUGCCUUCUGUGACGACUACAACAACAACAACAACAACGCUUACAUCAUUAACAUCAUCGAAUAUGAAAACAACUGAAGAAAUCAUUAGAGAACAAAUCGGGAUGCCUAUAAAUUCGGUGGUUUUACAAUCAUCAUCUAAAUGUAUUAUGCAAAAUGAAAUGAUCAGUCAUAACAGUAAUAAUAAUCCACAAUCUAAUCCAGACAAUAAUAUAAAUCUGUUUAAAAAUAACAUUUCAACAAUUUCAACUCCAUGGAAUUCAUUUAUUACAUCGAAAAGUCUAUGA